GACGACAGCAGUAGGCAUGAAAAUAUAAAAGUGCCCACAUCGCAGAUAUCAGCAAUACUUGAUCAGUUAACAAAUAAUUCGACUUACGAUAAACGCCUCAGACCUAAAUAUGGUCUGGAACCUGUUCGUGUUGGCAUAACGCUUCAUGUAUCAAGCAUUAGUGCAAUUUCCGAAAUUGAUAUGGAUUUUACGAUCGAUUUUUAUUUACGCCAAGCAUGGAAUGAUCCUCGUUUAGCAUUUGGUGAAAAUUCUGAUUCUUUACAACAAAACGAUAUACAAUCCUUGACGGUUGGAAUUGAUUACUUGAAGAAGUUAUGGAAGCCAGACACUUUCUUUCCAAACGAAAAAAAAUCCUACUUUCAUCUAUCGACUGCACAUAAUUCAUUCCUUCGCAUCGACCGUGAUGGAAAUAUUUUUACGAGCCAAAGGAUAACAGUGACAGCAAUAUGCCAUAUGAAACUUCAGCUGUUUCCGAUGGAUUAUCAGCAGUGCAAACUUGCCAUCGAAAGCUAUGGUUAUAGCGUACUCGAUAUAAUAUAUUAUUUUAAAUCGAAAGAUUCUGGUUAUCGCUCGGAAUUCGAAUUGCCUCAGUUUGUUUUGAUCGACAUUCAGUACGCUUCGAAGAUUGAAAAUCUUAGUUCUGGUAACUAUUCAAGAUUGGUUUGCUUAUUUUUAUUCAAGAGAAACAUUGGGUUCUAUGUAAUUCAAAUAUAUUUACCAUCGGUACUUAUCGUUAUUAUUUCUUGGGUAUCAUUUUGGUUAAGUCGUGAUGCGACUCCAGCUCGAGUCGCACUUGGUGUUCUCACUGUUUUAACAAUGACCACACUAACUACUACUACAAAUGCAUCUAUGCCUAAAGUAUCAUAUGUAAAAAGCAUCGAUAUAUUUCUUGGUGUCUCCUUUUUAAUGGUAUUUGGCUCGUUACUGGAGUACGCGGCUGUUGGAUAUAUCAGUAGAAGAAACGGUUCUAAGCAAAAAAAAUACUCCAUAAAUCCUUCAUUCGUGCAAACUUCAGUAAAUAAAAGAUCUUCUUCUUCGCGAAGUGCUCUUCCUUUUUUUGCAAAUCGUCUUUAUCAACCUUUUUAUUCAUCGCAUGAUGAGAAUUCCAAUCUUUAUAAUGGCAGGCACAUUGAUCCUCCUGUUUUAUUAAAAGAGGGAGAAUGCCAAUGUCCAAUUCCUCCUCUGUUAUCACCUCAGUAUGAAUUAGCCGUUCAAGUGCAAGAAGAAAAUUGCUCAGUUCGACCAAGUGAUAUAGAUAAAUAUUCACGAUUCGUAUUUCCACUGGUUAAUUAA